AGACAAGUCUACUUUGAACCAUGGACUUACUACACGAUGUUUGAACCGAUUUGUAUUUCGCAAUUUGUUUACUUCAGAUCUGAUACCGUGCACAAUGGGUAGGUAUUAUGCCGUCAUUACGGGUUUUCAAAUUAACUGAGCAUAACUAGAUUUAAAUGACAGUGUAUCAGGAAUAUUUUGAUUUUAAUCACUCCAUUUCCUUUCCAGUUGAUUAUGAUAUGAAAUGACUACCGGUAUUAUGACAUUCUUUAUUCCUCCCACCCCCUGGAAUAUAAAUAAGCUUAUCUGUCUACAGCACGACCCGAAAUGCUCUCGUACAGGACACGAACCAGUGAAUCGUCACAAUAGGAUUCAAUCUCUCUUCUCUUCUCAACCUUAUUUUUCCUUUUCUCUCCGUCAGACGACUUUCCUAUAGGAUCGUGAGAGCGAAGAAUAAAGCCUACGUCAAAGAAUUGUUUGCCAUUGUGUUUCGUGACGAUUUAGUUUACCCAUCGACCGAAUGAACCUGUUGUGGUCGAUAGACUUCCCGCUUUAGAAGGACACACUCCUCGAGCCCUCUGCCAUGCGAUCGAGGGGUGAUAGUUAUAUGUUGAAAAAGAUAUGCCAUCUUAAUAAUGGUAAUAUGCAGCUCCGGAAAACACUUGUUGGACCACAUUCACUUGGAAUACUGACUGUACUUAAUUGGAACUAGACACUAGCUUCUCGUUGAUUAAACGAAGGAGAAUGGCGUCGAAGAAUCUGAUUAUGCGAAAAAGUUUGGAGAAGGAUCGCGGCGGAUUGCCCCGGAGCGGAAGAGGCCCCGUGGAGCAGAAAUGCCCCGUAUUUCCCGUUCACUAUCUGGGUAAAAUGCCUGCCAGGGGCGAGUACGGAAGAGAAUACAUUUCUGAGCCCGUCGAGGCCCUUAUGAAGCUAAAAGACCGACAGAAGUCGCCUAAGAAAUCGGCUCUGCAGAUCUCGGAAAAGGGGUUCCAUUUCCUGGACUUGAACGGAGCCUUCGGUAAGGAGAAACACGUUUUGAUCCCAAUUCAUCAUAUCUGCUAUGGAGUAGCGGAUGAACAGCAUCCGAAAGUGUUCGCUAUCAUUACCAGGACUGACUCCAAUCCAGAGAACAGCUUAUUCGAAUGUCAUGCCUUUCACUGUGAACGAAAAAAGGAAGCGAGUGAGAUCACAUAUUGGUUGCUUCGUACAUUCCUUGAAGUGUUUGAAGACUUGCAGAAGCGGAGACGAAUGAGACAGGAACGCAAGUUGCUCCGACAGCAGAGUGCUAUGAGUGGUCCUUCAUUUGACCUCUCCCCUCCCACAUCACCUACGGAAUCAUUAACUGCUGCUGAAUUAACCAUGUACUCUGUUAUUCUUGAUGGCUCGAAGACGAAGGGUGCAGCAGUUCGUUUGGCCAGGAGUCAUGGUCAGAACCGACCGGUCAGUUUUCCACCAGGACAACCUGCCCUAGAUCCUACACUGGUGCCUCCACAAGCUCAUGGUGGGCAUCCUACACCAAGGGAAGUCUAUAGUGGAUCUGGCCCAGGGAUGGUCUACGCACCACCUCCGGGUCCCAGGAUGAUGGCUGAAAACACAGUGGAUGUCCAGGGAAGGCCAAUCCAGCCACCCAUCUCGCGCCAUUAUGAUCCUCGAGCAUCUAUACCUACAACUGAAAUGGCUCAGUAUCCACAACGGGUACCUAAACCUACAAACACACCUGGUGAUGCACACCAGCAUCCGGAUGUCUUCAAAAAGCAAAACGGUGCUCGAUACUAUAAAAACCCCGCUCUGCCCCGAUCCCGUUCUUCCACCGGAAACACAUCUUCUACCGAUGAGAGCAACUCAACCCUCUUCAGCGAUUCCUUCAGCGGGGUGAGCAGAGACGGAUCCGACUUUAUUUUCAUUGAAAUGCUCCAGGAAGAAUUCGGUGGUCUCGAUCUCUCACCAACUGGUGGCAAACCAGGCAUCAGCGGACGGACCAAUUCUAAGAAAACAAAGAAUGGACCUCCUGAUCAGAAAUUAAGAAGCGAGGACAUUGAGAAACGGGUUCGAGAUUGGUUGGAGUAUGAGGAAGGGGAUGUUGCUGUAUUUAGUCCCAUGUCAUCGCCUGCGAGUCCAGUGUCACCGUCAAUGAUGAGGAGUCCCGCUGGUUAUCAUCCAGGAUAUAGCUACCAAAGUGGUGGUUUUAGGAGUGAUCCCAGGAGUAGUAGACCUGGGCCUCGGACAAUUGGUAGCCAGUCCAGUGUGGCAUCUGAUAAGGAUUAUUUCUAGCAAUAUAACUUUCAAUAUUCAUUGUCAUCAUCGUGACUCUUCGAAUAUUUGUGCAUUUUUAGGAUCCUCUAGUAUCGUUUCCCAACAAAUAAUUUUAUGUAUCACAAUUAAAGAAUAAGCUUCCUGUAGCAUGAUCGAUCAGAUCUUUCAAAAAUACUCUCAGGUACAUGCUGUGCUGACGCAGUAUGAUUAUGAAAAGUGAUGUUUAAUGUUGCUUUUAUAAAGACUAAUGGCUGCCAAAUAUGUGUUUUAAUCCAGAUAAAUAUGGAUAUUUCGUAUGGACAUGAACGGCAAAACAUAAUGUAGACUAUACAUACUUCACAAUGCGUUAAUGUUCAUGUUGUUUCGUGCCCAAGUAAACUGUCAUGUUAUCAAUGUCGUUUAGAUUUGUUCGUGACUGCUGAAUUUGUUCAUUCUCACAUGCAGACAUGUACUAUGAUCAUGAUGAUCAUUAUUUCUGGUUAAGAACAGACAAAUCAAAACCCAAUUAUCGUGAUUUAAUUGAAAUCACUUAAUGUGAUGUGCUUAUUAUCAUGAUUAUGAUGAACCUUUGUCCGUUUCGAACAAGCGAAAUCGAAUCUAAAAAUGUUUUAUGUUACUAGACAGUUUUGUACAAGUGACGGAAUGAAUAUUUGUUUUUGAAGUUGAUUCAUCCUUCAGUCGAACAACGCUCUAUAAAAUUUCAUGAAUUACAAAUCGGCUCUAAAUAGGGACCAACGCGAACUCUGAAUUUACAUUUGAGUUCAAUUAAUUCGGUUUAAUGUACAGGUCUUUUUUUUAUGUAAAACUAAAACCCAAAAUUCGAUUUUUGAGUAGUAAUAAAUGACUCAGUUGCCUUUGUUUCGAGUGCAUUCAGCACGUGAAGAAUUAUUUUUAAUGUCAAAUGUCCUUGCAGGCUAACCGAAUCCUACCAUUCCAAGAAAAUCUGACGGCCUCGAGUGAAUAUCAAUUUUAUGUGUUUCAGGCUUAUAUAACUUCUUGAAAUUACAUUAAAUGAUGUACAUGGAUGGUGGAAAAUAGCAAACCAGAUAAAUUUCAAAUUCAUUCCAAUUGUAUCUCAAUCGUUUUUUUUUUCUAUUUAAAGGGUGUACAAACAGCUUUAGAUAUGAAACUCUUAUGGUUCAAGUUCUAAACCGAUGUUGUUUGCGCAAGAACAUAUUAAUGAUCGAAUAAAACAAUAAAAACAUGUUCAAAAGAUAAACACU